UGUCCGCAGGAGGGGCGGGAACCGGAUUACUCGGAGUACAAGGAGUUCAAGCUGACCGUGGAGAACAUCGGCUACCAGAUGCUGAUGAAGAUGGGCUGGAAGGAAGGAGAGGGGCUGGGAUCAGAGGGGCAGGGCAUUAAGAACCCCGUCAGCAAGGGGACCACGGCUGUGGAUGGGGCUGGCUUUGGGAUCGACCGCCCCGCUGAGCUCACCAAGGAGGACGACGAGUACGAGGCGUUCCGCAAGAGGAUGAUGCUGGCGUAUCGGUUCCGCCCCAACCCGCUGAACAACCCACGGCGACCCUAUUACUGAGGAGGGGCUGGGGCAGGA